AGCGGCAGCACUGUUAACUACUCGGUACCUUCAACGUCAAAAUAAAAUACAUUCUGCAUCACUAACGUGGAUUUUGGCAAACAAAUCGAAAAACAAGCAUUGGUUUGUAAUAUUACAAAAAUGUGGCAGGCGCAGCAGAUAGCAGCAAUACAAAUAGCAAAUCAAAUGCUUUAUGCGAUGUCGGCACCAUCAAGCUACUCCUUGAGUCAACGGCCGCCACAUUUAGCACAACAUGCUAUGGAAGACAAUGCUGCAGACACGGACGACGAGGAUGAUGAACAGUUACGCACGCUUUUUGUUGGCAAUUUGGAUGAUCGAGUCACCGAAGAUCUACUUUAUGAGGUUUUCCUGCAAGCAGGGCCAGUCGAAGCGGUACGGAUACCAAAAGACAAUAGUGGCCGUCAACGUAGUUUUGGAUUCGUAGUUUAUUCACAUCGUUGUACUCCGUCUUAUGCUAUCAGGUUAUUUGCGGGGUUAGCGUUUUACAGGAAAAUGGUAACAAUUAAGCUUCAAGAAGAUCCGAAUGCAUCCAAUAAACGACGUUCACUGCCCACUGAUUGCGAGCGAUACACACCCCGCCCAGGUGAUAAUAAUAUGUUACGCAGUACGAGCUAUCCAAGUUUUUAUGAUCCAAGUUUAAACGAAAACAAUAACUCAACGCAAUUUUCAAACCCGUUUCGGACAAAUUCACCUGACUGGACAAAGGGUAACAGCGGUAGAGGUCGAGACAGAGGUGGCAGAGAACGCGAACGAGAAGUUGACAAUGACCGCGGGGCGAGACAUUCAAACUCGCACUCCCGUUCACAUCCCUACAAACGUGAUGAACGUCGGCAGCGCAGAUAACAGAAGGUAGCCGAUGGCGGCAAAGAAGUUGGUGCCAUUGGAAAAGAUGGAAAUUAAAGACAUACCACAAACAUUGUUAAUGAUAAUCACAGGUAGGGGCAGUAUACGUUGACAUACAUUGCUUGCUGAUAUACAUACAUACACAACUUCGAUCAACCAAAAUAAUUUGGAUCCUUGGCAUAAUUAUAAGUGACUUUUCAAAAGAUUAUUUAAGAAAUUUGGUAUAAUUUGAAAUUGAAUUGAUACAUGAUUAUAUAUUAACUUUUAUCUCUUGUAGUGUUUUAAUUAAAAAACAAAUAAAAUAAGAAAUUUAUCGCACAUCAACUUUAAUAAUGUAAUUAUAGUCAUUUAGUUCGUAAAACUAUUUAUAUGUAUAGGGUUACUAAAUAACUUUUAUACUUACCGCCCCGAACGACUAUAAGAAGUAAAAAGGUGAAUAUAAAAGAAAGAGCAUCAUUUAUAACAGUUCAUCUUUAUUAAAACAUAAAUUGUAUUUGCAUGCAUCCGUUAAAACGAUUAUCUUAUACAUUUUAAAUAUAUGUAAUCUAAAUUGCGA